UUUAGUCAUUAUUAUAAGUAAACUACCACAAAAGAAUCAUGCCUCCUUUCGAGAAAUCUAUGGAAUUGAUGCCUUUCAAGCAAAGGAAAUGCCUUGCAACAAGACAAGAUGAAGUGUGCAGUAUCCGCUCUAAAUUCCCAAAUAAGUUGCCUGUAAUCGUGGAGCGAUACAUCCGUGAAAAAACCCUUCCCCUUUUGGACAAAACCAAAUUCUUAGUUCCCUUCGAGCUUACCCUGGGUCAGUUUCUCUGUCUUCUCAGGAGUAAGAUCGACCUGGAGGCCACCGAGGCUCUCUACCUGCUCGUGUCUGAGAGGAGCAUGUCCUGCAUGUCCUCCAGCAUGGGAGAGGUAUAUUCCCAGCACAGCGACCCCGACGGCUUCCUCUACAUCACCUACGCCUCACAGGAGAUGUUCGGAGGAGACCCGUCUACAGCUCCACCCUGCUGAACCCGACCCCCUGCCACCAGGUCCCGGCCCCCUGGCCCAGGUCCCUGUAUCUUGUAGCCCUAACUAGAACUACCUCACGGCCCUCCACAAACCCUUGUGAUUUGCUGUACCUUAAGCUGUAACAGCACUUGGUGUGUCUCCCAGGUGGUUUAUCUACUUGAGCCCGAGCAAGAUUGGACAGGGUAGACUCUUCCUGACUCAGCUUAAUGGAUUGAUUACAUGAUGAAUUUUGAUUGCUCAAUUGAUUGAUUUAGUAGGCUUAGGGGAUAGUUUAGGAGAGGAAAAAAGAAAUACUAAGCUGGAUUAAGUGAGUUGAAUAUCAGUAGAGAUUUCUUGUCUUUAGAUUGCAUAGAGGGGAUACCCUUUGGGUGCUUACUGAGCAGUGACUUCAAUGAAACGAGCCCCUGAUAGGAUGUUGUCACACUCCCAAGAUGCACUGGGGCCCUGCAUGUGUUUUGAGAGCUCACAGGGUCCCUCCCAAAAUAUGACUUAUCUAUCUUCCUUUCCCCCCCUCCUCCUCCUUAAAGAACAGUUGAAUCGGGGAAAACAGGGUUGAUUUGUCUGCUGGUAAACAGACUAGAAUAUUAAGCACUUAACUUCUUCCUAGUCAUCUACCACCCUUCAUCUUCUUCUCCCCCUAUUUUCACUCCCAGAAUAUGUGAAAUAGUUGAGACUAGGCACUCAGUGAAGACUUUGAUAUCAGUACUUGAUCAUGUUGUGUGGCUGUGUUCUGCUGUCAACUGUCUUUGAGAUUUCCCAAU